AUGAACGAGACCGCUCCCCAACCUUGCGACCGCCCCUUCGUGGGUCGCAACCAAGCCAAAUCCGCACCCCCCGUGCCGGACUCGACCAUCCAGAGCCUCAAGGAGCUGCGCUUGGAAGAGAAGGACCGCCUCGAAGAGCUGCCUCAAAUGCGCUCCAGCCGCCCAGAAACACCGCGUCGCUGCACCGACCCGUCGCCUUCCUCGCUGCUGUCGCCACACAUGUCGCCGCAAACAAGGAACCGCUCGUCCUACGCCAGGCCUCACCUGCGCUCCACCUCGCUGAGUGCCCCCAUCAUGACCCGCGCCCACUCUUCGCCUACGCCAAUGAGCCCGACGAGCACCAUGAACAGUGCCGCCAUCCCAAGACCUUCCAGCCCCAUGCGCUCCCCCGCUCGUGUUCGCGCCUCGCUGAAGUUCGACGAGUCAUACCCCCCGUCCAGUGCCCCGGCCGUCUCGGACAUUGGCAUCAUCUCAGAGGAGCAGGAGCUCGACUUCGCCCCGCGUCGGUCUCUCGACGGCCCUGCGGCCAUCACCAUGCACGCCGGCAACACUUUUGGCCGCCAGCGACGUAGGCCCAUGUCGCCGCUCCAUAGCACCAACUCCCCCUUUAGCGGCAGCUCUCCAUCAACGCCUUCGCAACCCUCGCCAACACUCUCUGCCACCAAGUUCAACGAGCCGUUCCCUGCCGCCUACCCCAGCUCCCACUCUUCCUCGUCGGUGCCGUCCACACCAACCUCGAUGCGCUCCCGCAGUCCCAGCAUCUCCAGCUUGGAGACGAUCGAAGACUCGCCCGACGCCGAGGAGGCGGCCAUUGAAGCGGACAAGAUCGCUAGGAUGGAGGCGGCGGCCAAGGCUGCCGAGCGCGGUGGUGACGGGAUGAGACGGAGCAGCCUCGACGUUCCCCGUGCUCGGCCGAUGGGUUUCAGCAUGAACAGCCGCGACAAGCGCAAGCGCUGGAGUGUUUGCGGUGCCGAGAAGAGAGGAGAUCUUGACCUGGAGACCAUCUGGGAAGACUGA